CUUGGGGGCGGGGGCGCGCGGAUGCGAGCCGUUGACUGCAACUUCCUUCUAGGAGCGGUAGUUUUACACCCCAACUUCCCGGUGCCCCACUUUCACUUGCCACGCCGGCACUGUCUCGGGACCUCAGCCUUUUGAAUUAAAGGAAUUGAAGGAAAAUGAUGGAAGAGAGUGGAAUAGAGACGACACCACCUGGGACUCCUCCACCAAAUCCGGCAGGACUGGCUUCUACUGCUAUGGCCUCUACUCCAGUUCCUUUAGCUGCAACCAGUUCUUUCGCUUCUCCAAAUGUGUCCUCUGUGCAUUCCUUACCACCACACUCAUACUCCACCCCUCAGCCAUCCCUUCCUCCUGUGAGGCCAUCAGUACCGUUAUCUUUUGUGCCUCCUCCAGUUCCUUCUGUUUCACCUCUUGUUACUUCUGUCCCACCUUCUGCUGCUCCAUCAACUGCUGCUGCCUUCAGUAGUCCUCCUUUAUCCCACUUCCCACCUUCAACUUCUGCCCCAAGCACUCUUUUAUCAGCUCCCUCUUCGGGUCCUCCCACAUCAGGAUUUUCUGUUGGUUCAACUUACGACAUUACAAGGGGUCAUGCAGGAAGAGCUCCCCAGACACCCCUGAUGCCAUCAUUUUCUGCACCUGCAGUAACAGGUGUUUUGCCAACUCCUAUUACUCAGCAAGCCAGUUUGACAUCUCUGGCACAGGGAACUGGAACCACAUCAGCCAUUACUUUCCCAGAGGAACAAGAAGAUCCUAGGAUUGGUAAUAAUCAGGUUGAAGCGUCUCCUUGUGGAAUCUGGGGUUUUAUUAAGGGUGUGGCUGGGAAUCCUAUGGUGAAAUCUGUGCUUGAUAAAACAAAACAUUCGGUAGAAAGCAUGAUUACAACGCUGGACCCUGGCAUGGCUCCAUAUAUCAAAUCUGGAGGUGAACUAGAUAUUGUAGUGACCUCAAAUAAAGAGGUAAAGGUUGCUGCUGUCCGAGAUGCCUUCCAGGAAGUCUUUGGCUUAGCUGUGGUUAUAGGGGAAGCUGGACAGUCCAAUAUUGCCCCGCAGCCAGUGGGCUAUGCAGCUGGAUUAAAAGGAGCCCAGGAACGGAUAGAUAGCUUGCGUCGAGCUGGAGUGAUCCGUGAAAAACAGACUGCUGUGUCAGUAGAAAACUUCAUUGCAGAAUUACUGCCUGACAAAUGGUUUGACAUUGGUUGUUUGAUAGUUGAAGAUCCUGUCCAUGGCAUUCAUCUAGAAACAUUUACACAAGCCACACCAGUGCCAUUGGAAUUUGUACAACAGGCUCAAAGUCUAACUCCCCAGGACUACAGUCUAAGAUGGUCAGGCCUUUUGGUAACAGUGGGUGAAGUCCUGGAAAAGAGUUUAUUAAAUGUCAGCCGGACUGAUUGGCACAUGGCCUUUACUGGCAUGUCUCGUCGACAGAUGAUCUACAGCGCAGCCAAAGCAGUAGCAGAUGAAGUAACUGAAUGUUGGAUUGAGCUACCUGCCCAAGAUCAUCAUAAGAAAUGAAUCAGAGAUAGAAUUCAAAGGUAGAAAUGUGUAAUUUGGUAAACUAUUCCAUUCCACAACAUGCUGAAUAUUUGCUUUAGGAAGGUAAGAGUACAUAAUUCAUCCUAUAAAUUAUCUGUUGAAUGAAAUUGAAUGCAAAUAAUGACAUGGAGAUUUUGCCCUAGUAAAGUUUUAAUUUUAUACUACUGUAUUGAAGGAAAACUAUUUUGAUCCUGUUUUUUUUUUUCAUUUUAGUUUGAAAGGGCUGUUUUGGGCUUUGCUACUGGUGUGAAGAGAAAGUUUGUGACAUUUGCAUUUUGUGCUCCCAAAUUUGAGAAACCAUAAAUCAGGUUUAUGUUGGAGUAUCAUUUUUAGGAUAAAAGUCAGAAAUGUUCUCUGGUGGCACUAGGAAGGUAUUUGGAAAAAAUUUCUUCUUAUUAACUCAAUCUUCAAACAAGGUGCUGACCACAUACCUCUUAAAUAUUUUAAAAAUAAUUUGUUAUUAAAAGAUACAUACAGAAAAGUACACAAAUCACGAAUGAAUUGAUCAAUUACCACCAAGUGCAUUCACUCAUGGAACCAACACUCUGGUCAAAAAAUAGACCACCACCCCAGAUCACCCCUUAUACUUCCUCCAAAUCACAGUCCCAUAUUUUCCCCUCAAAAGUAACCACUGUUUUCAAUUCUUAACACUAUACACUAGUUUUAUAUAAAUGGACUCAUACAAUAUGUAUUCUUUUGUCCCUGAUGUCUUUUGUUCAACAUCUUGUGUAAAGUAUUCAUGUUGUAUGUAGUGGUAUUUGUUUAUUUACCUUGCUGUUUAGUCUUCUAUUUGAAUAUAUCACAAUUGAUUCAUUUUUUCUUCUGUUGAUGGAUGGUUGGGUUGUUUCCAGGUUUUGGCUAUAAUAAAUAAUGCAGCUAUGGACUUCUUGUACAGUUCUUUUUGUAUAUGUAUGUAGCAUUUCUGUUGAAAAUACUAAGUGGAAUUUCUGGGUCAUAAAAUACAUAUAAGU